CGCUCGUCGGCGUGGCGACCGAUCCACGCACCCACCCGCUCGCACCCCUCCAUUUAAGCCCGCGGGGCUCCGGGCGUUUCUUGGUCGCGCACACGGAAGAGCGCGAGAGGUUCCAUUCCAUGGCGGCGCCGCGCGGCCUUCUCGCAUUGUUCGCGGUGGCUGCCGCCGCUACGGCGGCGGCGACGGGCGUGGACGCGCUCGGGGUGAACUGGGGCACCAUGUCCGCGCGCCGGCUCCCGCCCAAGGUGAUGGCGCGCCUGCUCACGGACAACGGGUUCACGAAGGUGAAGAUCUUCGACGCCGACGAGCGGACCAUGAAGGGCCUCGCCGGGACGAGCAUCGAGACGAUGAUCGCCGUGCCCAACGACAUGCUCGCGGCCGUCGCCGACUACGACCGGGCCCGGCGGUGGGUUAGGGACAAUGUCACCAAGUACACCUUCGACGGCGGCGUCAACAUCAAGUGCGUAGCCCUAGGCCCUAGCGCGCGCGUAUAUAUAUAUGCAGUGCACCGCCAUUGGCAUGGACCCGUUCGUUUCUCCGCUGGCGCUGAGACGUUCUCGAUCGUACGUGUACGUCCGUCCAGGUUCGUGGCCGUCGGCAACGAGCCGUUCCUCAGGGCGUACAACGGCUCGUUCGACCACGUGACGGUGCCGGCGCUCAGGAACAUCCAGCGCGCGCUGGACGAGGCCGGGCACGGCGCGGCGGUCAAGGCAACGGUCCCCGUCAACGCGGACGUGUACGAUUCGCCGGCGAGCAACCCGGUGCCGUCGGCAGGGAGGUUCCGCAGCGACGUGGCGCGGGUCAUGGCGGACAUGGUCCGCUUCCUCAACCGCAGCGGCGCGCCGCUCACCGUCAACAUCUACCCGUUCCUCAGCCUGUACGGGAACGACGACUUCCCGCUGGACUACGCCUUCUUCGACGGCGGCGCCGGUGCGCCGGUGGUCGACGGCCGGGCCGUCUACACCAACGUGUUCGACGCCAACUUCGACACGCUGGUGUCGGCGCUCAAGAGGGUCGGGCUCGGCCACCUGCCGGUCAUGAUCGGCGAGGUCGGCUGGCCGACGGACGGCGACAGGCACGCCACGGCGGCCCUCGCGGAGCGCUUCUACGCGGGGCUCCUCCAGCGGCUCGCGGCCAGGAGAGGCACGCCGCUCCGGCCCGGCGCGCGCAUCGAGGCCUACCUGUUCGGGCUCGUGGACGAGGACGCCAAGAGCGUGGCGCCGGGCAACUUCGAGCGCCACUGGGGCAUCUUCACCUUCGACGGGCGGCCCAAGUUCCCGCUGGACCUGCGCGGCGACGGGCGGCCGGCGAUGCCCGUCCCGGCCCGGGGCGUGGAGUACCUGCCCCGGCGGUGGUGCGUCCUGAACCCCAUCAGCAUCGCCGGGGACGGACGGCUCGCGGACAACGUCGCGUACGCGUGCUCCCGCGCCGACUGCACGGCGCUAGGCUACGGGUGCAGCUGCGGCGCGCUGGACCCGCGCGGGAACGCGUCGUACGCCUUCAACGCCUAUUACCAGGCACAGGGGCAGGUGGAGUCGGCGUGCGACUUCCAGGGGCUCGCCGUCGUCGUCGACGAGGACGCCUCUCAGGGCGCCUGCAACUUCAGCGUGCAGCUCGUUGGGUCAGGGGCUCCGGUGGCCACCGCGGUCACCACGAUGGCGGCCGUACUGGUGCCUCUGUUUCUUGUGUUGCUUUGAGCUGACGCAAGGUGUGGUGCUUGCCUGCCUGACUGGAAUCCUGAUGACUGUACUGUACAGUGUUGGUCCACUACAGUGACGUACUAAGUACUACCAUGUUUUGAUGGUUCAUCAUGUGCGAUGAGCGUGUCUCUUCCCUGUAUCUUCAACCUCUACGACGGUUCCUCCUAAAUUAUUCUCUUACUUGGUGAGUGUCCGUGCGUUGCAACGGGAACAUAUAAUACCAUGAUAACUUAUAU